UCCGACUACUUGAAGUACCCGGCUGAACAGCAACAAGCCGAGGCCCAUUCACGCGGAAAAGUGAUAAACUGAACAGCAACUGUCCCCCGGUUGACACCCGCCUGACGUCGCGAGCCACAGACGAGGAGGAGGAGGGGGGGGGGGGGAAAGAAAGUGCGACACAGUUGUUGUGUGGUUUCUUCUUCUUCGUCUUCUUCUUCUCCUGAGAAUGUGGCGAACCUGAGGUCGAGAGGAGGAGGAGAAGAAGAAGAAGACGACGUCGGAGUGUGGCCCACACGGCUCGAUCAACAAGUUGGAAUGUGUUUGACAGCGAGGACUACCUGAAAUCCCCUCAGCUACGACCGGAACAGAGGGAGAGCCGCAGCCGAACCGCUUCCCGCAGCACGUUGCCCGCCCCGCCUCGACGCGAGCACAGGAUGUCUCGGCUGAGCGAGCUGAUAUGGGCCGACUGGAUUUGGUUCCCUGAAGGCCACGGCUGGGCUGACCUGAAGGACCACGAUGACAAAGUCUUCCCUAAAAUGCAGGACCUCUGGGCCACCGUCCCCAUCGCUGUCUGCUUCCUGAUCCUCAGGCAGAUAUUCGAGAAGACUGUAGCGGUUCCGCUGGCCUCUCUGCUGGGAGUCAGUGACAAACAGCGGGUUUGUGCUCCUUCAAAUCCCCCCCUGGAAUCCUAUUUCUGCAGCACAUCAAAGCAUCCCACACAGAGCUCCAUAGAGAGUUUAAGUAAACAGACGGGCUGUUCAGUGCGACAGGUUCAGAGGUGGUUCAGGCAGCGGAGGAACCAGGACCGGCCCUGCAAGCUCACAAAGUUUCGGGAAGCAAGUUGGAGAUUCACCUUUUACCUUGGUGCUUUCUUUGCUGGCCUGGCCGUCCUUAUCGAUAAACCAUGGUUCUAUGAUAUGAAGCAGAUGUGGGAAGACUUCCCGAAAAUGCCGCUGUUGCCUUCUCAAUACUGGUACUACAUGAUGGAACUAGGCUUCUAUCUCUCGCUGCUUUUUAGCGUAGCCUCGGAUGUCAAACGUAAGGAUUUCAAAGAGCAGAUAGUUCACCAUGUGGCUACCAUCGUCCUUAUCAGUUUCUCCUGGCUGGUCAACUACAUCCGGGCAGGGACUUUGAUCAUGUUGGUGCACGAUGCCUCAGACUAUCUGAUGGAGUCAGCCAAAAUGUUCAACUACGCAGGUUGGAGGAAGACCUGCAACUUAAUCUUCACCGUGUUCGCAGCUGUUUUCAUCAUCACCCGCCUCGUCAUCCUCCCCUUUUGGAUCAUGUAUACGACAUGGGUGUACCCCCUGACCCUCUACCCCGCCUUCUUCGGCUUCUACUUCUUCAACGGGCUGCUGGUUGUGCUGCUGAUUCUGCAUAUCUUCUGGGCUGCGCUCAUCAUGCGGAUGGUCAUCAAAUUCCUCCCAGGAAACGACAUUGUCGAGGACGAGCGGAGCGAUAAGGAGGAGACCGAGUCAGAGGAGGAAGACAAUGGCCGCGAGUGGAGGGAAAAAUCCAAAAAUGGCCACAUGCAGAACGGUCACACGCCCCUCAACAACAACCACAGAAAGAGGUACUGAUUGGACAGUGAAAGGGUGGAGAGAGAAGAGACAACAGGGCCUUCACCUGGAAGCCAAAGAACGGCAUGUUGAAUGGGUCAGCAGGCAGCACACACACACACACACACACACACACACAUACACACACACACACACACACACACACACACACGCACACACGCAAACGCACACACACAAAUACACAUACAUACACUCACAUAUCUAUACGCUCUUUUUCUGAAACCCUGGUAGUCUAAUGUGGAUGAUUUCACGUCUCUGUGGAUUACUCUAAAGUAAAUGGAGAGAGGACGACUGCACUGGAGAACCACAAUGAUCUGCUGCGCGUCCGAGCAGCCGAGUGGUUUUCUCACGAUUCAGGCCUUCUCCUCUUUUCCCACUUGAGUGUAAUUUGCUAUUUGCUGUUGACCAAGUUGCAGAGACUGCCUGCUUGUAGCCUUUUGUUUUGUUACUGGAAGUGUUUUAGGAGAUGCCGUGGUCAGGUCGGGGCGUUUCCCAUCCUGCACACAGUCAGUUAACACUCUUCUAAGUAUCACUGCUCUUAAACGUGACUGAUUUUCUUUUUUUUUGCUCCAAAUAACCACACUGAAGUCACUGACAUUGCGAGGAGCGCUAAGGUGAAGGUGCCUUUCUAUGGACCAUAAGUUGACAAGUCUAUUUACACGAACGUCCAGAGUUUUCAGAGUUUAUAAAUUAUAUCUGUUGAAGUUAAUCUUUGCACAUGGCAUUUUGUCACUUCAGUUGUUGCCCGAUGGUUUUGAGUCAGUGUUGCGAAAGCAUUUGUUCCAGUGAUAUUUCAAGCAAAAAUAAUUGGUGAUAAAAAAUAAUUAUUUUAACAGUACGAGGAAGUGCUCCAUCUGCCAGGUGUGUUGAAAUGUGCCUGGUGUUUGUCUUAAGAUGCUUCGCCUUGUCGGCAGCAGAACGCACAGAGAUGAUUUUAAAUGUUUUGUUUGUGUUUACGCUCAAUUGUCUUUUAGUUGUUUGAUUUUUACUUUGCUUUGUGUUUUAUUUGCGUUCGGCCCAUUUAACUCUGGGAGCAAUUUGUUUAAGUGUAACCCAAACCAAUCGGUAACUGUUCAUGAAUUCUUUAUGGGCUGGAAGAGCCAAUAGCAUUUUCAUUCAGUGUUGUUCUUGCCAUCCAUCCAAAGAUGCACUUUAUGGUUCCUUCCAUCGAUAAGCGUCGACUAAAUAUCUAGUAAACGGGCUUGGUAAAGGUGUUUGAUUCAAAUUCAGACUUGGACUCAAUUUUUAGUUUAGAGCAGUUUGGAGUAUGAUUUCAAUUUUGUUUAAUAUUUAUUGUCAUUACUUACCCGUGUUCUUCCUCCCUUUUCUGUGUUUUGAAUCAUUUUUAUUUAAAAUUCAACAAACGUUUAACGAAAUUUAAAAAUGAAACACCAAAGUAUGGUUUACUAUAUUUUGUGACCAUGUCAUUUUCAAGUGCCUUCAUCAUUUCAAGUAUGAGUUGUAAAAAAAACAAAACAACAACAACACAUUAUUUUUGUACCUUUUUGUCUUUAUUUCUGCCAUCUUUGUGCCCCAACACAUUCAACACUCAGUGCACCGUAACGUUCUGGGCCUCUAACUUUUCUGUACGCCUCGGCUCACGACAACCAAUUGCCCGCAGCACCCUCUAAAGUGCUUUGCUACUACAGAACAAGUUUUUAAAUCUGCGUUAUGUUUUACUGACAUGUAAAAUCAUGAUGUCGAUGAUAAAGAUAACUGUGGAUAACUA